AUGAGCCGGCCCCCGGCGGCGGGGAGAAUGCCCGGCGCCCCCGAGGACGUGCCGGGGGACGGGGCGGCCGCGAGCCGCCAGAGGAAGCUGGAGGCGCUCAUCCGGGACCCGCGCUCGCCCAUCAACGUGGAGAGCUUGCUGGAUGGCUUAAAUUCCUUGGUCCUUGAUUUGGAUUUUCCUGCUUUGAGGAAAAACAAGAAUAUAGAUAAUUUCUUAAAUAGAUAUGAGAAAAUUGUGAAAAAAAUCAGAGGUUUGCAGAUGAAGGCAGAAGACUACGAGGUUGUAAAAGUUAUUGGAAGAGGUGCUUUUGGCGAAGUCCAGUUGGUUCGUCAUAAAGCAUCACAGAAAGUUUAUGCUAUGAAGCUUCUUAGUAAGUUUGAAAUGAUAAAAAGAUCAGAUUCUGCUUUUUUCUGGGAAGAAAGAGAUAUUAUGGCCUUUGCCAAUAGUCCCUGGGUGGUUCAGCUCUUUUGUGCCUUUCAAGAUGAUAAAUACCUGUACAUGGUAAUGGAGUACAUGCCUGGUGGAGACCUGGUGAACCUUAUGAGUAACUAUGAUGUACCUGAGAAAUGGGCCAAGUUUUACACUGCUGAGGUGGUGCUCGCUCUGGAUGCCAUCCACUCCAUGGGCUUGAUUCAUAGAGAUGUAAAGCCUGACAACAUGCUUCUGGAUAAACAUGGGCAUCUAAAGUUAGCAGAUUUUGGCACAUGUAUGAAGAUGGAUGAAACAGGCAUGGUGCAUUGUGAUACUGCAGUUGGGACACCUGAUUAUAUAUCACCUGAGGUUCUGAAAUCACAAGGGGGUGAUGGCUACUAUGGGCGAGAAUGUGAUUGGUGGUCAGUGGGUGUUUUCCUUUUUGAGAUGCUGGUGGGAGAUACUCCAUUUUAUGCAGAUUCACUUGUAGGAACAUAUAGCAAAAUUAUGGAUCAUAAAAACUCACUCUGUUUCCCUGAAGAUGCAGAAAUUUCUAAACAUGCAAAGAAUCUCAUCUGCGCCUUCCUAACAGAGAGGGAGGUACGGCUUGGGAGAAAUGGGGUAGAAGAAAUUAAACAACAUCCGUUCUUUAAGAAUGAUCAAUGGAAUUGGGAUAACAUCAGAGAGACGGCAGCUCCAGUAGUGCCUGAACUCAGCAGUGACAUAGACAGCAGCAAUUUUGAUGAUAUUGAAGAUGAUAAAGGAGAUGUAGAAACCUUCCCAAUUCCUAAAGCUUUUGUGGGAAAUCAACUGCCUUUUAUAGGAUUUACCUACUACAGAGAAAAUUUGUUAUUAAGUGACUUUCCAUCUUGUAGAGAAAAUGAUUCAAUACAAUCUAGGAAAAAUGAAGAAAGCCAAGAGAUUCAGAAAAAACUAUACACAUUAGAAGAACACCUUAGCACUGAGAUACAAGCAAAAGAGGAAAUAGAGCAGAAGUGCAGAUCUGUUAAUACUCGCCUAGAGAAAGUAGCAAAGGAGCUAGAAGAAGAGAUUACCUUAAGGAAAACUGUGGAAUCUUCAUUAAGACAAUUAGAAAGAGAAAAGGCGCUUCUUCAGCACAAAAAUGCGGAAUAUCAGCGGAAAGCUGAUCAUGAAGCAGACAAGAAACGAAAUCUGGAAAAUGAUGUUAACAGUUUAAAAGAUCAACUUGAAGAUUUGAAAAAAAGAAAUCAGAACUCGCAAAUAUCCACCGAGAAAGUGAAUCAGCUCCAGAGACAACUGGAUGAAACCAAUGCUUUGCUGCGAACAGAAUCUGACACUGCAGCCCGGUUAAGAAAAAGCCAGGCAGAAAGUUCCAAACAGAUUCAGCAGUUGGAAUCUAACAACAGAGAUCUACAAGAUAAGAAUUGCCUGUUGGAGACUGCCAAGUUAAAACUCGAAAAGGAAUUUAUCAAUCUUCAGUCGGUUCUAGAAUCUGAAAGGAGGGACCGAACCCAUGGAUCAGAGAUAAUUAAUGAUUUACAAGGUAGAAUAUCUGGCCUAGAAGAAGAUGUAAAGAAUGGCAAAAUCUUAUUAACAAAAGUUGAGAUGGAGAAGAGACAACUUCAGGAAAGAUUCACUGAUUUGGAAAAGGAAAAGAACAAUAUGGAGAUAGAUAUGACAUAUCAACUAAAAGUUAUACAGCAGAGCUUAGAACAAGAAGAAGCUGAGCAUAAAACUACAAAAGCACGGCUGGCAGAUAAAAAUAAGAUUUAUGAAUCAAUUGAAGAAGCUAAAUCAGAAGCCAUGAAAGAGAUGGAAAAGAAGCUCCUGGAGGAAAGGACUCUAAAGCAGAAAGUGGAGAACCUGCUGCUGGAAGCGGAGAAGAAAUGCUCUCUCUUCGACUGCGACCUCAAGCAGGCCCAGCAGAAGAUCAAUGAGCUCCUCAGACAGAAGGAUGUGCUCAGCGAAGACGUUAGAAACUUGACAUUAAAAAUAGAGCAGGAAACUCAAAAGCGCUGCCUCACACAAAAUGACUUGAAGAUGCAGACACAGCAAGUGAACACACUAAAAAUGUCAGAAAAGCAGUUAAAACAAGAGAAUAAUCAUCUCAUGGAAAUGAAAAUGAACUUGGAAAAACAGAAUGCUGAACUUCGAAAAGAACGUCAAGAUGCAGAUGGGCAAAUGAAAGAGCUCCAAGACCAGCUUGAAGCAGAACAGUAUUUCUCAACACUCUAUAAAACACAGGUUAGGGAACUUAAAGAAGAGUGUGAAGAAAAGACCAAACUUUGUAAAGAAUUGCAGCAAAAGCAGCAGGAAUUACAGGAUGAAAGGGACUCCUUGGCUGCUCAGCUGGAGAUCACCUUGACCAAAGCAGAUUCUGAGCAGCUGGCUCGUUCCAUUGCUGAAGAGCAGUAUUCUGAUUUGGAAAAAGAGAAAAUCAUGAAGGAGCUGGAGAUCAAAGAGAUGAUGGCUAGGCAUAAACAGGAACUCAGUGAAAAAGAUGCUACCAUUGCCUCUCUUGAAGAAACUAAUAGGACAUUAACUAGUGAUGUUGCCAAUCUUGCAAAUGAGAAAGAAGAAUUAAAUAACAAAUUGAAAGAUGCUCAAGAACAACUGUCAAGGUUAAAAGAUGAAGAGAUAAGUGCAGCAGCUAUUAAAGCACAAUUUGAGAAGCAGUUAUUAACAGAGAGAACACUCAAAACUCAAGCUGUGAAUAAGUUGGCUGAGAUCAUGAAUCGAAAAGAACCUAUCAAGCGUGGCAGUGACACUGAUGUGCGGAGGAAAGAGAAGGAGAACAGAAAGCUGCAUAUGGAGCUUAAAUCCGAACGGGAAAAACUGACCCAGCAGAUGAUCAAGUACCAGAAAGAACUGAAUGAAAUGCAGGCUCAAAUAGCCGAAGAGAGCCAGAUUCGCAUUGAACUGCAGAUGACACUGGACAGUAAAGACAGUGACAUCGAGCAGCUCCGCUCACAGCUGCAGGCCUUACACAUGGGCAUGGACAGCUCCAGCACGGGCAGUGGCCCGGGGGAUGCCGAGGCGGAUGACGGGUUCCCAGAAUCAAGACUGGAGGGAUGGCUUUCGUUACCUGUGAGAAACAACACUAAGAAGUUCGGAUGGGUUAGAAAGUAUGUGAUCGUAAGCAGUAAGAAGAUUCUCUUCUAUGACAGCGAACAAGAUAAAGAGCAUUCUAAUCCGUAUAUGGUUUUAGAUAUAGACAAGUUGUUUCAUGUCCGACCAGUUACACAGACAGAUGUAUAUAGAGCAGAUGCUAAAGAAAUUCCAAGGAUAUUUCAGAUUCUGUAUGCCAAUGAAGGAGAAAGUAAGAAGGAACAAGAAUUUCCAGUGGAGCCAGUGGGAGAAAAGUCAAAUUAUAUCUGCCACAAAGGACAUGAAUUUAUUCCUACUCUCUACCACUUUCCAACCAACUGCGAGGCCUGCAUGAAGCCAUUGUGGCAUAUGUUCAAGCCGCCUCCUGCUCUGGAAUGCCGCCGCUGCCAUAUUAAAUGCCAUAAAGACCACAUGGACAAAAAGGAAGAGAUUAUAGCACCUUGCAAAGUCUAUUAUGAUAUUUCAACGGCAAAGAACCUGUUGGUGUUAGCAAACUCGACAGAAGAGCAGCAAAAGUGGGUGAGUCGUCUGGUGAAGAAGAUACCUAAAAAGCCUCCGGCUCCAGACCCUUUUGCACGGUCCUCUCCCAGAACGUCCAUGAAGAUCCAGCAGAACCAGUCCAUCAGACGGCCAAGUCGACAGCUCGCCCCGAACAAACCAAGCUAA